GCACCUGACUGCGUGGGCCCCGGGCGUGUGUACCUGUGCCUCGGGUGGCAGGAUCCCCACCUUCGUGAGGGGGAUCUCAUCCCGCCCCCGGGGCUCCAGAGCCCCCGUCUCUGCAUUUCUACACAGCUUCUGUUCAGGGCCGCAGGCCCUCUCUCCAGUUUGUGUUCUCCUAGAGGUCACUUAGCAGUGGUAGAUGCCCUACACCUGUUUUCCAUCCCUCAAGUCUUCCGUUUCUCAGCCGCGCUGUCCUGCCAGGGACCUUUCAGUCACCCCCUGGUUUUGCUUUGAUUUCUUUGUCUAUUUCCCGGGGCCCCGGAGCCAAGCUUCGUGUCUGCCUUCUGUGCGUGAGCUGCUUAGGAAUGGCCAAGAGACUUGGCUGGAGAGGUGCCCAGCACUGCACAUCCUGGCACUUCUGCUGGAGUGCCGAUGGCUGGCCCACAGCACAAAAGAACUUGGCCGGAUGAUUGCCUUCAGUACUCCCUAGGAUCCUCGGGCCGGAGGUGUCCUCACUGGGAGACCCGACUGCCAGAGAAUCCUGCUGGGAGUGCGCGAAAGGGACUGGGACUUGCCCAUGUCUCCUUCUCUCCCCCAGGGUGAGAACCCGGGCAGGUCUCAGCAGUGUGCUCGGAACAGAACAGGGCGGCCAGUCUUUGACUUCAAGAUAGAGCUGCUGAGAGCUGCUACCACUGGGUUCCUAAAACUAGGGCAGCGGUCCCCUUCUGCCACCUCCCUGUUUCUCCCACCACUCCUUACAAUAUGGUCCAGUGAUUUACCCUAAUGACACACUGUCCUAUUUAAACACCUCCCUGCAUCUCCAGAAGACUUUUAAGUGAGUCCUUAAGGUGGGGUAAGCUCCUGCAGACCUGUGAUUGCUGGUUUCAGUUCUUUGGCCUACUUGUGGGUUCCCAUGGAGGGUAUGUGAAGUUGGAGGGAGAGGGUAGGGCGGGAGGCACAGGGGAAGCAGGGCACAGUAAACAGGGACAUCCUCCAGACUCAGCCGGCGGGGCGUCCAGUGGGUCAUUUUUGAUCAUCCCCGGGAUGGCAGGCAGACUCUGGAGCCUGUAAUCACAGGUUGAUGUAUCUGCUUGGGAUGACAGCUUGAGGCUGCAGGACUCUUGCCCAAGCCAGCUGUGGCUGAUUCAGAGAGGGAAACCUUACGCCGAAGAAGGGGGCAGGGAAGGGCUCUUGGCUAAUUCCCGUGAGAUGAGCAAAGUGACAUAGAAGGGCUUUUCCUAUUCAUCCCAUUGAUAAAACUUGACAAAAAGAUACCUGUGCUGUCCUUGGACAUCUCAAUCCAAAGUGAUUUGGCCAAGUAGGCUUAUUUCACCAGCGUCGCGUUUCCCCCUAGUUGGCACUCAGUUAAGUGUUUGAUCAACUGCUCAUUUCUGAUCGAGUAAUGCAGGGUAUUGGAUUUGGAGUUUGAAUGGCAUCUUACCAUUUCCAGCCGCACGAUAUUGGGCAAUGUGGUAGAUACUGUCAGCAUCCUUCCUGUGUUCCCUUGGCCUCAACCAGCGACUGAUGAGAGAAGAAUUCGACAUCCCUGCUGUGAUUUUACUCCUAAAGCUCUGUUGACAGUCCUCCCGAGGGAGUUCCUGACUCAGCAAUUGCACAGGUCUCCCCUUCUGAUGAAAAUAGAACAGAAGAAUGGACUACAGUCACCAAACCUCUCUAGUCCCGUGUGGACAAGAUAAAUACAUCUCCAAGAAUGAACUUCUCCUGCAUCUGAAGACCUACAAUUUGUACUACGAAGGCCAGAAUUUGCAGCUCCGACACCGAGAGGAGGAAGAUGAGUUCAUCGUGGAGGGGCUGCUGAACAUCUCCUGGGGGCUGCGCCGGCCCAUCCGUCUGCAGAUGCAGGAUGACAACGAGCGCAUCCGCCCUCCGCCAUCCUCCUCUUCCUGGCACUCUGGCUGUAACUUGGGGGCUCAGGGCACCAUCCUGAAGCCCCUCACCAUGCCCAACAUUCAGAUCUCAGAAGUGGACACCCCGCCCGAGAAUGAGCAGACACCGAGCCCCACAGACUCCAGGGGCCUCAAGCCCCUGCAGGAAGACACCCCACAGCUGAUGCGCACACGCAGUGAUGUUGGGGUGCGUCGCCGUGGCAACGUGAGGACACCCAGUGACCAGAGGCGAAUCAGACGCCACCGCUUCUCCAUCAAUGGCCAUUUCUACAACCACAAGACAUCGGUGUUCACGCCGGCCUAUGGCUCGGUCACUAACGUCCGCAUCAACAGCACCAUGACCACCCCACAGGUCCUGAAGCUGCUGCUCAACAAAUUCAAGAUCGAGAAUUCCGCAGAGGAGUUUGCUUUGUAUGUGGUCCAUACCAGCGGUGAGAAACAGAAGCUAAAGAACACCGAUUACCCUCUGGUUGCCCGAAUCCUCCAGGGACCGUGUGAGCAAGUCUCCAAAGUGUUUCUUAUGGAGAAGGACCAGGUGGAGGAAGUCACCUAUGAUGUGGCCCAGUACAUAAAGUUUGAGAUGCCCGUCCUAAAAAGCUUCAUCCAGAAGCUCCAAGAGGAAGAAGAUCGGGAAGUCAAGAAGCUGAUGCGCAAGUACACCGUGCUCCGGCUAAUGAUCCGGCAGAGGCUGGAGGAGAUGGCCGAGACCCCAGCAACAAUCUGAGCCACACGGAGGAGGGGAUCCAGACACCACAGGGGCCGCCGCUGACAGGAGAAGACGCACAGGAAGCUGGGUACCUGUCUUCCAUGGAAACAUGUAGAUACAGACCUCUCCAGCUCCCGCCGAGAGCCACCAUCUGUUGCCCGGAGCAGAAUGGAGAAGCCUGCAGACAGCUCCCCAUCCCUGGAUCCCCACGCUCCACUCCUUUCUUUCCCUCACAAGGACUUCUGAAUUUUGUUAUAAGGACCCAAAAUGUGUGUGUGUGCACACACAUGAGCACACGCAUGCACAUGUAAGCGUGUUUGCACACAUGGUACAUAUCCACGUGCCUACCUGAUAUUCACAUGGAACUGAAUUCCGAGCCACCAGCACCAGCGCCAUGGGGGCUUGCAGGUGCACUGCUCGAGGGCAGGAACAUCAGAGGAGUCACCGAUCUGAGGGUUGAAGUUGAUGUCUUCCCUCAAGGGCCAGGGAGCAGCCACACAUGUUUGGAAGGGAAGGGGACUCCGCGAGCUCUCCAUUUGGGGUAUUUAUAUAUCGGUGGGGAUUCUCCCUGUACAUCUAGAAGGACUGGGCAUUGGAAAUUAACAAAGUAACAGCCCCAUGCCCUUGGGGAAGGUUGGAUGGAAAGAGAAAGAUAAAUCAUCUGUGGGGUAGAUGCAAUAAGCCCACAAGUUUUUACACUGGAAACUGAUUGUUUAAAAUAACAAAGACGUAUGUGAUCUAUGUGGAUUCUGCCUCUGUCCUCACCUCCAUGGCCAUGUCUAGGAGACAGGAGAGGAGCCUGAUGUUUCUUUCACUCAGCAUGCCAACCCCAUGCCAUGGAAGCCAGCCCCAACACUUUGGUGCCUCCUUGAGUUGAAGGAAGGGUGUCAUGGGUUUAUACAUGGCCGACUGACUAGUGUGGCCUGGGCCUGGCCUUGUCCUGGGGUGGUGGCCAGAGUUUCCCUCUUUAGAGAACCACAGAAGCUCCUUGCAGAAGUGACAGAUGCCUGGGAGGCCAGCCCAUUUCCCAUCAUCAAGGCCCCUCCUGCACUUGGAGCUGAGGCCAUGUGUUUGAGGUCAAGGCUUUCUCCUUUCCAACCACAGGAUUCUUUCAAGUUGCCCUUCCCUCAUGCACGGAGAUGGACUCCAAUUAUGAGGAGGACCCUUCUACUGGCCGAGUGUGGGGCUCGGGGAAGCUCUUUGGGCUUCCCUGUGAAGGUGCAUAGGGAGGGUGGAGCUUCUCUUUCAGCUUCUCUGAGCAGCCACCUGGGUGAUCUUUAGAACAGAUCCCAGUGGGGGGAAAGGGUGGGACAGUCUGUCCCCUGUGGCUCCUGUCAGGAAGACCGCUGGGUAGCUGGGCACCAGUGUGGCUGAUAACAGUUUGAAGAAGGACAGAUGCUUGGAGCAGGUGCAUGGCAGGUAGGCAGGAGAGGCUGGUUGGGCUUCUCCCGGGGCCUCAGGGAGCCGGCUGAGGGCCCGGAGCUCCUAACAGCAGGUGUCUCAGCCUUGAUGAGGGAGGGUCUCCCCAUCUCUUCACCUCCUCUCCAAGAAAGGUUUGGGGAGCUGGGCAGUUGGUGGAAGGAGGGCCAUUGGCCGGUGUCCGCAAGGAAGAUGGAUGUUUGCAGUGAAGCCGUUCCUGCCCCCUCCUGCCUCCUGUUCCCCUCUGUGGCUUCCGUGGCCUCUUUAGAGGGCUCGCAGCUGUGGUCUUAUUGUUGACUUUCACAAAGAUGGCGUUUUGCCACCUGGCAUUUUGCCGGGGGUCUCUUAGCAAGGCGACCUCCUCUUCGGGGACAGUGCCACCAGCCCUAUGGGGCGUGGACUGGAAAUCCGGAGGCUUUAGUCUCAAUCAUACACCUCGGUGGGCCGCUGCAAAAUGCACAGAAAAGCCGGGGGCAGGGGGGAGAGGCUUCCUUUGUUACAGAUGGGAAAGAGCGGGUUUGUGAAUGCAAACACACUUCCUGAGUUUUGCAUUUGAGAUGACUUAAGAAACUUCUCUUCCAGUUGCUUUUAUUUUGAAUGUUAAAGCCUGUGUUGACCCCAGUCAUUCUCCUUGGUGGGCUAGGCAGAAAAAUUUCCACAGAGCAAAUUACUAACCACUAACUUGUUGGACAGCGAUUUCUCAUUUAUAAAAGUUCUCUUUGAUUUGCACUAGCAUUACGAUAGUUUAAAUAUGGAAAUGUUGCAAGACGUUAGGUUUGCCAGCUUCCUUUCUGAGAAAGUGAUACUAAGGUAGACCUGGCUUCUUAAAGAUUGUGGGGGGGCGGUCAGGGUAGAAGUCAGGGGAAAUCACAUCUUACAGGAUGCAUCCCACUUACCGUGGGCCCUACUUUUCCAUUUUGGCCCACCCUGUUUAGAGAUCGUCUCUCACGUCCUAGUAGCCCGAUCAGGAAUUUUGGAAAGGUCCUUUGAAAUAACAGCGCCUGAAACAGAGACACUUCUCCGCAGUGUGGAGCCGGAUUUUCUCACUGGUAUCACAUGGCUUUGCAGCUUUGAAUUCCUCUACUGAUUUGUGUGGGUUUUUGUAAUUGCGUGCAAUGAACCUGAAAUCAUGUGAAGAACAAAAGGCCAAUUUAUAGGUUUUUUUUCCUAACUUGUGAAAAGCAGGAUAGCCACAUCUGACUUUCUUUUUCUAGGGGCUUUUGUUACAAGGUGAACAUUUCCUUCAAAUGAAGGAAAAACCUGAGUCCAUAUGGCUGGGAAGGGGGUCCGUUCCCCCAGGUGAUGGUGGAAUUAAGCACAAGGUCACAUUUUCAGUGAUCACAUGAGUGGGCAGGUGAUGAGUUAAAUGGGGGGGGUAUCUUGGGGAGGGACUGAGAAGCACAAACAGCAAGCUUGCCUAUGCGGGCUGGUGAGGAAUGUGUGCACUGGGCUCUAGGCCGAUGGACUUGAAUUCUAAGUGAGGUUGAGGAAGGGAGGAGCUCAGAUUAGCCACCCACCUGUGAGAAAAACGCCGGGACCAAAAGCUGAGGUUUUGGUCUGAGACUUCAAGGAGAAAUAUUUGCACCCUUCCCUCCUCCCUACCAGAAAGAAAACAAGACUUUCUCCUGGAGACAGAUAAAGGCAUCUUAACACCAUUGUAGAUAAGACUUUGAAAUAAAACGACACACACACAAAUCUGUUUUCUGAUGCAAAACAUCUUGGCACAGAUUCUUUUCUGCAGGGUUGGGUGGUUAUUUCAGAGUCAGGAGCAAAGAGGAGCGAUGGGUCCCAGUAGGGCAAGAAACUCCCUUAAGAAAAGCUCUCUUCCCCCCACCCCCACCCCCACCAAAAAACAAAACAAAACAAAACAAAACCCGCCAAGCUCCAUAGCAUGGAGAAUAUGAUGUCAUAGAUAUAUCACCAAGAGAGAAAUUUUCUAUAAGCGAGGGAAUUUCAGGGUCUCGGGGCCAAACCAUGAUGUGGGGGCUGAGAUAGCAAGCAGGGGAGGUCUCCAGCAUCCUUGAGGCCACAGCACACAUUUUUGAGUUGCUACUUAAGUUGUUUGACACAAAGUCUUGCUUGAGUCAGGUGAGAUGAGAAAUGAUCUCUGAGAGAGAGGCAGAGAUACAGAUGAAUGUGGCACCCCCUUCUUUCAGGCAGAACUGAAAGCGUUUACCCUGCCACGGGAGGUUACAGCGCCCCCUGUGUUUGAACCAAGCACAAGAUGUGGACAAGCUGGGAAGGGAAAGCCUCAGUUUGCCCUUGGAGCCUUCCCUGCUUCCCAGGCUGAUGACUUCUGGUGUGCUACUGCUAGUGUUUCUUCAGGUUUUCCCCACUUGUGUUAGCUUUGUGAAGUAUUAUUUUCUUCAUCAUAACUUGCCUUCAACAAUGGUACAUGACCUGGUUCAAUGUUUGGUUCUGAACUUGUAAACAGACACAUCUGGGUAUCAUAACAUAAUUUGACAAGGCCUCAGGAGGGAGCCAUAAAUGUCUGUAACAUUUUGAUAUGUUUUAAUGCACCCAACUUAGAUCGUGUUGAAAUAAAGCACUUUUCAAAGAGAA